AUGGCUUCCUCUUCGUCAAACGUGGUGGGCGUCCACUAUCGAGUGGGUAAGAAGAUCGGUGAAGGAUCCUUUGGUGUUAUUUUCGAGGGCACCAACCUUCUCAACAACCAGCAAGUGGCGAUCAAAUUCGAACCCCGGAAGAGCGAUGCUCCCCAACUGCGUGAUGAGUACCGAACAUACAAGAUCCUGGUUGGAUGCCCUGGUAUUCCCAAUGUGUAUUAUUUUGGACAGGAGGGCCUGCACAAUAUCCUGGUCAUCGACCUUCUCGGACCCAGUCUCGAAGACCUUUUCGACCACUGCAACCGUUGGUUCUCCACCAAGACCGUGGUGAUGGUGGCUAAGCAGAUGCUGUCGCGCGUCCAAACAAUCCACGAGAAGAACCUCAUCUAUCGUGACAUCAAACCCGACAACUUUCUUAUCGGUCGUCCCGGCACCAAGGCAGCCAACGUCAUCCAUGUUGUUGAUUUCGGCAUGGCCAAGCAAUACCGCGAUCCCAAGACGAAGCAGCACAUUCCCUACCGCGAACGCAAAUCCCUGUCCGGCACUGCUCGUUAUAUGAGCAUCAACACACAUCUUGGCCGUGAGCAAUCACGAAGAGACGAUCUGGAGGCCCUAGGCCACGUCUUCAUGUACUUCCUGCGCGGAGGUCUCCCUUGGCAGGGACUGAAGGCCGCGACCAACAAGCAAAAAUACGAGAAGAUCGGUGAGAAGAAGCAGACCACUGCGAUCAAGGAUCUCUGCGACGGAUACCCAGAAGAAUUCAACAAAUAUCUGAGCUAUGUGCGCAACCUUGGUUUCGAGGACACCCCUGACUACGAUUACCUGCGUGAUCUCUUGACGCAAUCCCUCAAGAAUGCCGGUGAGGUCGAAGAUGGAGAGUACGAUUGGAUGAAGCUCAACAACGGCCGAGGCUGGGACUAUAAGUCGUAUACCUCUCAAGCUCAUCUCCACAACCACCACCAGAGUUCAUCCGGGCGCGAUGUGAACCACGGACAGCAGCUUCGCAACAGCCAGAGGCCCGGUGUGACGGCAGAUCGUUUAAACGCCGCGCAGCCCCCGCCCCCUUCUCCAGCCAAAGCCGGAGCUGGGAAGACGCGCGAGCGCCCAAGCGGCUCCGCCGGGAUACCACCGAAGCGCCAGAGCGGGGGCCUGGAAGCAAACACUCCACCUACGUCCACCCAGGCACAGUUCCAGAACUCCAACGCACACCUUCCCGGUCGGAUCGGGAGCCCCAGUAACCCUGGGCUCGGUAGCCAGCAAUUGGGUGGUGCCGGCAACAAUGAUUCACAGCCUACUUUCGUCCAGAAGGUCAUGAAGGCCCUGUGCUGCGGUAGGUGA